AUGGCAGUUACGGAAUUCAAAAGACGCUUCGGCGUCAGAUAUGUUCUUGUACUCUGCGAUGAGGCGGCCACACUGUUACGGCAGUCGAACGUUGUAGACAUGCAGAACUUCCGGCUGUUCAGGAGAGUCUUCACCGUGCAGGGCAUCACGGCGUGCUUUGCGAGAACACAGUCCAAAGUGCAGAACUUCGCUCCUGCUCUACACCGUGAUGAUUCGUGGAGAUUCUACCGUGUGAAUGAUAUGGACAGUCCGUACAUGCCUGCUCCGUUUAUCUCUGUGAGCCCUCCGGACAUCGGGAUGAAGCUGACGUCGGAGGCUAAAGAGCUGCCUCCGUAUCCUCUUGCCUUGAGCGACCUACAUUCCCCCGCUUGGUUGUCGCGAUUUGGCAGGCCGCUCUGGUUCGCUUUCGCCAGACACUCGCUCGUGCGCGAGCACCUGAGCCAGGUUCUGGUGGCGGUAGCGAAGAGCAAAAUGAACUUCGAUACUACCGGCAAUUCCGUUGGUUCCUUGGCUGCCGUGAUGUGUGUGGCGGCGUUGAAGCCCACCCCCAGCGUUGAGCUGGCAGAGCAAUUGGUCCACAGUCACAUGGCGACUGUUGUUCAUGUGUCCAGGAACCGCGAGCUGCUCUACACGCAUUACCCCUCGGAACCGUAUCUCGCCGAAGCUUCGUGUCUUUACUUGCGAGAUCAUUGGACGCACGUCCUCCAGACGUUGCUGAAUGCGGUUGGGCAGCACGUUCUAGACAUGGGCCUCAUCGGUGAAGCCAUAGCACGUGUGUGCUUUAUUGCUUUGGGUUUUGUUCGCUUGCAUGAGCCCUUGUUGACCGUGGCAGCAUUCCGGGACCGCAUACGGGGUGUUGAUGAGAGUCCGUUGCAGACGAAGCAGCCGUCUGGGGACGGAAUGGCCGGAACCGCUGUGCUCAACUUCAACCACUUCAUGAAGCUGGAAGGCCGACCCACUCCCGAAAUGUUGUGCGCGGCUUUCACAC